CAUUAUUGAAGUGUGCUUUCAGUAACAACAUAAUAUUAAAACGAGUGUCCCUAGUUGUUUCUAUCUCCUGCAGUGCUGUCUACAUGCUGAUACGAUGCGACAACAGAGACAGGUGGCUCUUCAUGCAUUCUGCCUGAACCAUAUCGAUAAGAAUGUCAUGACCUCAGACUAUGACGUCAAAAUUAUGUACUACUCAAAGUUGUGGUUGUUCUCUGUUUUGUUUGUUAAUUAGGUCACCUCUUAUCCCUAGUCGCCUUCUUAUCUGAAAUUGCCAUAAAUUCAUGGACUCUGUAUUUGAGACAAGCUUAAGUGCAUUGUCUCCGGUGGACGACAAGACCAACCGAGAUGGAUAAUUCAGUGUCCAUUUGUCUUCAUGAUGUGGAGGAGGCUCAAAGGAAAAUCAAAUCGUCUGUUUUUAGAACACCUUUGGUACCUUUGAAUGUUGAAAGUCAAUCAAGAAAGAUCUAUUUGAAACUAGAAAACCUUCAACCCAUUGGAUCAUUCAAAUUAAGGGGAGCUUGUAAUGCGAUAAGUUGCCUGCCUCAGGAGGUCAUAGGAGAUGGAGUGUACACAGCGAGUGCGGGAAAUUUUGCUCAGGGUCUGGCUUGGAAUGCGAAAAAGUUGGGCAUACCUUGUAGAGUAGUCAUGCCAGACCAUGCCCCUGAGGCAAAAAUAAAGCCGACCAUUUCCAUGGGAGCUGAUGUUUCUAAAGUGCCUUUUGACAGAUGGUGGAAGGUACUUGUUGACAGAAGCUAUGAGGAUUGGAAAGGAGCCUUCAUACAUCCUGUAGCUGAGUCGUCAGUGAUUGCUGGUAAUGGUACCAUAGGAUUAGAGAUACUGGAAGAUCUCCCAGAAGUGGAUUCCAUCAUUGUGCCCUACGGAGGUGGCGGUCUUUCCUCGGGCAUAGCAGUAGCUGCAAAGGGCAAGAAGUCAAGUGUAAAGGUGUUUGCAUGUGAAGUGGACACAGCAGCGCCAUUGUCAGCAUCUUUCGAGGCGGGCGAGCCAGUGGCCUGCACCUACACUCCCUCCUUCGUGGAUGGCAUGGGCAGCGGGAACAUCCUCCAAGAGAUGUGGCCCCUGGUCCGUGAAGUGCUCGACGAUUCUUUAGUGGUGACACUGCAGCAGAUCGCGGAAGCCAUCAGGUUAUUGGCUGAGGCGAAUCAUGUGAUCGCUGAGGGUGCGGGAGCGGCGCCUGUUGCUGCCGCCCUUGCUGGUCUUGCAGGGGAGGGAAAUAUCGUGUGUGUGAUAUCGGGCGGGAACAUAGAUACCAGCAAGUUGGUUCCAAUCCUGGAGGGGAAGUUGCCUUGAAGCCUUCCAUUUCUGAUAGAUUAAGUCUGGUAGAUAACUGUUUGGUUUUUCUGAAUUUGUGUAAUGGGGACAACUAUUCAAGUUAGAUUUUUCUGAAUUGAAACCAUUAGUUACAUUGUAUCUGAUUAGUUUCUGUUGGAUAGAUGUCUUUAUUUCCUGCGUUACAGUGUGACGGUUUUAUAGACCACAGGAUGGAGUGAUAACUAAGAAUAUUUCAGCAUUGUUGUUGGUACAGUUGAUGGAUGUUUAUUUUGUCAGAGGAAAAGAUAAUGUCACUGAGACACCUCAAGUGUAUUAUUAUUAUAUCUUAUCCUUUCAAUGAAGAAAUUGUUAGGUAAAGCAAAAAUUCUUUUCUUGUAUGUUGUAUAAUGUUUUGUGGCAAUGGUAUUCCGAUAAUGACAGAGAAUUCAAAGAACAAAGGUUUAUUUGUUUUACUUGGUCUGAGACUUGAAUUAGCUCUUGCUGAAUUCCAUUUGAGAAUUGCACAUUUUCCGGUCUGAAUUUCUACCCUGACUGUAUCAUAAGCGACAAACUGGUUUGACAAAGCUCUUCCUCAUUUUACUACAGUGUUCACUGGGUCAGUUGCUUUUGGGGCCAGUAUUACUUUUGUUGUUGUAUACGUUUUAUUUUGUGAGGACUCACACUCAGGCCUACGUGACAAGUCUGAGGUGGCCCAAGGAAUAAUGGGCAUUAGGUAAAAAAAAACCCCUGUACAUCUGCAGGGACCUUGACACAUAAAGCCUAGCUUCUGUUUGGUUAAAAAUGCAAACACACGUACAGACACAUGCACACUCCCAUACAAUCAUACACUGAGAGAGAGAGAGAGAGAGAGAGAGAGAGAGAGAGAGAGAGAGAGAGAGAGAAAGAGAGAGACUCUCGCAGUUCUCAAUCCAUGUACAUGUAAAUCACCAACAAAAAGACACUUUUCAAACACAGAUGACUCUUUAAAAACAUUUCCCUAAGGGUUAAAAUAGGCAGUCUGGCCUGUUUAACAAGGAAUCUUGUUAACUACUAGCCCCACUAUUUCGCCAAUUUCACGCUACUCCUAAGGGUGGCAGUAUUACAAGGUAUUAUUUUCGUAAUGAUGUAGCUAAUUCUUAUAGUGCGUAUUCCAAUGUGAACACAAUUGUGGGCGCUUUACAUAAAUGGAUGAAUUUACAGUCAGUUUCUUAUCAUGGAGGUGAGUUAAUGUGAUUUAUGUUUGUGGUGGUUUAGAUAUAUCUUAUCAUUUGAUCAUUUUUUUUCUUUUAUGUGAGCUUUUAACAUACAUGAUGUUCCAAGUUUAUUUAAAAAAAUGAAUAAUUGAACUGUAUCUUUCAAUCAAAGUGCAAAUAUGGAGUACGGGUAUAUAUUAAAUUCCUUUACCCUGAGCUGGUGUGUUCCCUCCUUUAAAAGGAUUGUGAUUGUUUUUGCUGCUUUGUUUUCCUUGGACCCUGCUGGGGCUAAAUUUUCAUCUCUCAAAUAUGAUCAAAUAUGAGCCACUUGUUAUAUUGAUUUCUCUAACUGAAAUGUCCUUUAUUUUGUUAAGUGCAAGCAGUUUAUUUAAACAGAUUUCUAUAAUUAUGCAGCACUAACUCAUUAAAAUUUACCUGUUCUAUGUCGAGAAACUGUUUAAAGUGGAUGAAAUCUGAUUUGACAGAGUGACAGUCUGUCACAAAAUAACUGUUUUUUUUGGUGUAAAACAUAUGACUUUCACAUGCUGUUUUUGUUAAACAUGGCUUUAUUAAAUACUUACAUACAUGA